AUGGCGGCGGCAGCUCCGCGGCCCGAAGUUGAGGAGGCCGCGAAGCCCCCCUGGGCGCUACUGAGCCCGCAGACUGAUGGAGAGGUCACGGCCAAGGCCCCGCUGGCCCCGCCGGGCCUGGCUGGGGGCAAGCACCGCGGUAUCUGUUCUCGCUCCUACUUCCUGGUGCUGAUGGUGUUCGUGCACCUCUACCUGGGCAACGUACUAGCGCUGCUCUUUUUCGUGCACUACAGCAACGGCGACUCGUCCGGCCCCGGGCCGGCGACUGGCCAAGGGGUGUCCCCAGACCCUGGACCCGCGGCUCCCGCCCCCGCCCCGCGGGCUCCCGUUGCCCCUCCAGCCCCUGCUCUCUUCGGAGCACCCCUCACCCGGCUGGAGGGCAUCAAGGUUGGCUACAAACAGAAGGUGGAGCUGAUCCCCAACAAAAUACAUGAUGUGAAGACCCUCAGCUUGAAGCCUCUUCUCUUUGAAAUUCCCCAUUUUCUGAGUGAAGAAGAGUGCAAGCUGAUUAUCCACCUGGCCCAGCUAAAAGGGCUGCAGAAGAGCCAGACACUUCCCACUGAUGACUAUGAGGAAGCCAUGGAAAUGAUCGAUGUCAGCCCCAUGGACAUCUUCAAUCUGCUGGACCAUAACCAGGAUGGACAGCUGCAGCUCAAGGAGGUGUUGACCCAUACCCGUUUGGGGAAUGGAAGGUGGAUGACACCUGAGAACAUCCGGGAGAUGUACAGUGCAGUCAAGGCCGAUCCUGAUGGUGAUGGUGUGCUAAGUUUGGAGGAGUUUAAGCAGCUAAACCUCAGGGACUUCCACAAGUACAUGGGGAGUCAGAAGGUGAAGGUGAGCGACCUGGUACGCAAUAGCCAGCACACUUGGCUGUACCAGGGCGAGGGCGCCCAUCAGGUCAUGAGAUCCAUCCGGCAGAGGGUGCUCCGCCUCACUCGUCUGCCCAGAGAGAUUGUGGAGCACAGUGAACCUAUGCAGGUGGUCCGGUAUGACCAGGGUGGGCACUACCAUGCUCACAUGGACAGUGGGCCUGUGUUCCCAGAAACAGCUUGCAGCCAUACAAAACUCAUCACUAAUGAAUCGUCUGCCUUUGAGACUUCCUGUCGCUAUGUAACUGUGCUGUUUUACCUGAACAAUGUCACAGGUGGUGGGGAGACAACCUUCCCAGUGGCAGAUAACAGGACCUACGAUGAGCUGUCCCUGAUCCAGAAUGACAUUGAUCUCCGAGAUACCCGGAAACAUUGUGACAAGGGGAACCUGAGAGUGAAGCCUCAGCAAGGCACCGCUGUCUUCUGGUACAACUACCUGUCUGAUGGGCAAGGUUGGGUAGGAGAACUGGACGAAUAUUCAUUGCAUGGUGGCUGUCUGGUCACUCAGGGAACCAAAUGGAUUGCUAACAACUGGAUCAAUGUAGACCCCAGCAAGAGUCGACAGAUCCAGUUCCACCAGGAGAUGGCUCGUUAUACCCAAGAGGAAGUUGAGGCCCAGACUGAGUGGACAGUGGACAAGUCCUACAAGAAUGUGCAUGUAGAACUCUGA